CAGUCCUCCACCUCUGCAUACCAAAAAUUAAACAUAUUGUUAGUUCUUUUCAAACUCCAUAGAAUAGAAGAGGAAAUCGGAAAAUUGCAUAGUCCAGUAGACUAGACAUUGGUUUGGUUGGGCAACCAGAUCUGAGGUUGUUGGUGAGUGGGAAAUGUCGUCAAUGGCGAGUAGUACAGACACAACUUGGGUGGGAAAGAAGCCUCUGAGGCGCAUCGGUGGCAUGUCCGAUGCUCUCUCCAUCGCUGCCGAUCUUGGCUUCUCUGUCUCUCCUCCUCCUACUCAGGAAGAACUCCAAAACUUAUCCACCGCUACUGGCGAGAAGGGUGAUGACUUAAUAAGGGUCUUAAGAGAACUUACCACUGUACAAAGAAAAAUAGCAGAUCUGCAAGUGGAACUUCAAGGUCGAAAGGAUGAUAAAAAUGUAGCACAUUUAACUCAUGUGAGCGAAAUGGAAAAGAAGAUUGAGACUUUGGCAAGGAUUACGACUAUAUUGAAAGAUGUCAUUCAGAAUAAGGAUCGCAUCAUAGCACGUCUUCAGCAGCCAUAUUCACUAGAUUGCAUUCCAGUGGAAGCAGAAUAUCAGAAACAAUUCUCUGAAUUACUGAUGAAGGCUGCUAGUGAUUAUGGGGCAUUGACAGCGUCAGUUGCAGAUUUUCAAUGGAGUCAGAACUUUAAGGAGUCUCCUUCAGUAUGGGGGGAAAUGCUUCGCCCAAUUCCAGUUGCUUUAGCAUCAUGCACCCGAUUCUUUGAGGCCAUGUCUGCCAUGAGAGAAUCAUUUGCAACACUUCAAAAUCUGAGAGUGGGUCAUUCCAAUUCCUCUUUGUCUACAACACCAGCAAAGGAUGCUUCCCAAAGAGUGCCAGGGGACUCCGACUGUGUAACUCCACCACCUUGGAGAAAUGAACCAAGCUUUGAUGACUUAGCCAUUAGAAGCAUAAAGAAGCAAGAGAUUCAGAGGCAAGAAGCAGAGGAUGAAAACAGUGAGAUGGGUGAUGUUAAUCAGGUUGAUGGCACGAGCCACAGGAGAUUGUCAUGGCCCCCAUCAGUUAAAAAGAGUGGAAUUUAGUCAAAUAAGGUGAAUAUCAUUGCAUGUCUUCUGGUAGUAAAUGUUCCAUUAGGUUUGUAUUCUGUUUGUGAUGUAUUCAUUUCACUGGAAAUAUGUAAUAGCAGUAUCAUACACCAUGAGAAACUCAUUCUUUGUGCAGUAAUACAUAUGUUAUUUUGUUUAGUA